AUCAUGCCUAGCUCUGCCUUAUACCGUCCACUUGAAUCAGGCAAUGGCACAACAAGGUCGAAUCAAACCUCUACCGGUAUACGAACUUCAUAUGCGGGUGGCAAUAAAGUGCGUUCCUUAUGGCCCAAGACAGCCAACAGCCGACGUUUGUUUGUGGUGGUUUUAAUCCUAAUGACCCUAUUGAUAUAUGUCGUCUGGAGUGCGGUACUCAGUGAUGCGGAAGACAGUCGAGGAUCCUAUGGAUCUACAACAGAUAUACUAGACAAUAAAUCGGGCAAUGAAUCUCCGUCAACCCUGUGCGGUGAGUCAUUUAAUGACACACGCCUCUAUAUACAGGAUCGACCACGACAGGAAUGGGCAAAUUUAAGUACAAUUUACUUUGUAACUCCCACAUAUCCAAGGCGAGAACAAGUGCCGGAAUUAACGAGGCUGGCCUAUACGUUGCUGCAUGUGCCGCGCUUGCAUUGGAUUGUGGCCAAUGAUCACAAUGUCUGCAAUCCUUAUUUAGAUACUUUACUUAAUCGAUUUGGUAUUCCCUAUACCCAUUUGGCAAGUCCCAUGCCUCAACGUUUUCACAAAGCCGAAUCGAAACCAAGAGGGGUAGCCAAUCGACGUGCUGCCAUGCAAUGGCUGCGCCAGCAUAACAUUACAACCGGUGUGCUGUAUUUCGGCGAUGACGACAACACAUAUGAUCUCAAGUUAUUUAGCGAAAUACGUGACACCAAACAUGUAUCCAUGUUUCCUGUCGGCCUAAUUGCCAAUUAUGGCAUUAGUGGGCCAGUGGUGCGUAAGGGCAAGGUAAUUGGUUUCCUCGACUCCUGGGUGGCAGGCAGACGUUGGCCCGUUGAUAUGGCUGGUUUUGCUGUUAAUCUUGCCUAUAUGUCGGAACAUCCAAAUGCAUCGAUGCCCUAUAAACCGGGCUAUGAAGAGGAUUAUUUUUUGCGCAGCAUUGGCUUAACGCUGGACAUGAUUGAACCGAAGGGUAACAAUUGCACCGAAAUCCUUGUGUGGCAUACACAAACUAAAAAUCAUGAACGCACCAUGGUCAAGUUGAAUCAUGAAUAUUUGGAUGAUCGUUCGAAUUUAGGUGCUCUUUUUAAAGCUUUAUCGGAUAUGGGUGUAUCGGGUGCUUCCGAUAGUGAGGGUCAAAAAGCCAUAAUAAGCAAAAAUGGAAAAUCGAAACCCUUGGGCUAUUUCCUCAGCUGAGAUACACUGCAAUUUGAACAGUUUAUACGUAAUUUAUUUUCCGUCUAAAACUGUC